CUGCCUCUUCCAUCAACACGUGUUCCAUGUUCAGGUCGUUUGGAGUUCAUAGCGCAGCCGGCGAAGCAUUACGAUUUUCGUUAUCUUAGCGAUAGAGUUAGUAAAGUCUUAUUAUCAGAAGAAAAUGUUAAUGGAAAGAAUUGGCCGACAGUACGAUUAAUCAUGAAGGAAAUACCGAACGACCCAAUUGAGAUUGUGUGUCAAGUUGUUAGAAAAUAUGGCGACCAUUAUAUGGUAUCGCCAAAUACUUUGCAAAAACGUACAGAACCCUACCACCUGAAUUAUGAGCCCAUCCGUGAACCUAUGGUGCGCUGCGAAAGCUCAAAAAAUCAGUUUGAGUUCUCAAUGGAAAAUUUUUUUAUUGCCAAGACCAAAAAGGAUGAUUUAGCUAUGGUUUUGCAGCGAAUGGAACCACGGGUAAAACAAAAAGGCCUGUUCGGUCUGCCCUCACUAAGCCAGGCCACCAAAGAUUUUAAAAAGCACGAGCGUAUCUAUUUGGCUUUUACGGCUUUCGAGAAAGGGAAGAGUGGCUUUAAGCAGAUUGCGGAGAGUCUGAUCUCGCACAGCAUAUACAAUGGGAAUGACAAGAGAUCCUUAAAUAUUUGCUGCAAUCCUCAGUUGCCUUUCGAGGGUGGCAUUAAUAUGCAUCUCCUACUUUCCGAUGUACAACAUGAUUAUAAAAUAGAAAUACGUCGUGAUGAUGGCCAAUGGACCACACAUCUUAUAUCACCCAUUGUUAAAACACGAACAUUGAAAGAGCUGCAUAAAGUGCUUAUAUACCCAACACCUAAAUACGACGCCACAGAUACGGAGAAACAAAGGACAUCUGUGAACUGCAAGCUCAUACUAUAUGAUGCAGAUGACUCUACAGAAAUACAGACAGUGGACGUUGUCUAUGCCAGAUAUGCUGUAGCACCCGAAGAUGCAGCGGAAGAUUUUGCAUUUUAUUGUAAUGAAGGCGACGAUCAAGAUAGAGAUCAAUUUAAUAUAUUAGAGCUCAUGGAGGAUGAUGCAAAUAUGCACGACAUUUUAAAUAUGAGUGGCAGUGAUUUUUUUAACAUGGAUUCUCGACCAAGCGGCAGUCAAGAGGCACAUGCAAGUUCGGAUAUUGCACAAAAUCAUGGUCCGGAUCGUACAUUCAGAAACAACCAGAUAAUGGUCUGCCUGGGUCUAAAUUACAUACGCAAUGCAAAAAGCUUGGAGGAAGCUGUCCGCAUCAACGAACGGUACUUGUACUGGCUGGGCACUGGGAGUACUUCCAUAUUUCAUGAGGCUCUAAAACUGGGGCUAUUGAAGUAUAUACGACAGGCAGCUACUUCCAUAGAAAACAAAGAUGCAUUUCUUAAGUAUCUGGCACUUCUGAAAGAUGGCAGGAAUGCUACAGUUCUUCAUAUCCUGGCAUCUACUGCUGGCCAUAGCGAUGAAGAUGCUGCCUGGCUGAUAUCGAGUUGUGCCGUCUAUGAUCUGACAUUGCAAAAAAAUAGAGGGGAAACUUUUCUACAUAUUGCCGUUGAUAAUCAGAAGGUUGCAUUGUUGGAGACAAUCAUGAAAAGUCUGACCACGAAGCAAAUGCUGGAAGUGCUGACUGUCUGGGAUAUAUCAGGAAAUAACCCCCUGCAUUCGGCAAUUGUUAACAACAAGCUGGAAAGUUUCAAAUGGUUACUUAAAUGCUACCAGAAAUUAAACGUUAAUGCCUGUGAGGUGCGCACCUUGGGCUACGGUUCCACGCCAUUACAUUUGGUCAUCGAGAGUAAUCGACGACAUCCCUAUGAAGAACUUAUUCUAACAGCAUAUAACGAUGCUGGAAACUAUGAAAAUUAUGCCGGAUUUAAUGCUUACAAUGAAUGCAUGUCCGAAACCCAACCAGAUUGUAUGAUGGAGGAGUUAACUCUGGGCGGGGCUGAAGAAUCAGCCAGCGAUAGUUUAAGUGAUGAUAAUAGUGAUGAUGAUGAUCAUCAUCAUCCCUAUCGUGAAAUGCUCAGGGGCCGUUGCGGAACUCCGAUUCUUCCAAUGGAAAAACUUCCCAUGCGACGUUACGUUUAAUAACAUUAAAACGAUCAGUCUUCUAAGAAUAAUACUUUCGCAUCCAAUUUGCGUUUUUUAUAAGAAAUUAAUUGAUUUUUUGUCUACUUAAAUAAUCUGAUAUGAUUGGCCGAUUGUUAAAUAAAUGAAAUUUUA